AUGGCCCCUCCGGCCCCUGGGAAUGGGAUUAAAAAAGCCAAAACAUUUACGUCUUUACUAUCAACUACCCGCGCCAAGCGUCAAGGAUCCCUUCCCAGGCAAAACACCGCGAGUAGCUCAAUCUCCCGAAACGACGGAGAGACCCGCCUGGCCAACUCCAUUCACUACCCCCCUGAAUGGCCCAAGCCCGACGGUAUAUUCGAUGCGGUGCGGCGCCUCAUUCAUGGUUACGAUCUGGUUUGUCACAUGCUGGUCGACACGGAACUAAGCAAAAAGCCCUUCGUGUUUCGGGCCUUCAGGAGACGUCUCGUACUCCCGCCCCCCGUCCUCGAGCUUUACAACGCACUGCAAGAUGCGAUCUUCGACAUCGAAACAAGGCUGUCUUUCCCCCUCCAAUACCAUGCUGUUUGGAAGGCGAGGGUCUCAUCCGGCUGGCGGAUGAAUGGGGAGCUAGAAUCCGCCCAAGACUCCCUUCAAUUUUUAGCCGAGGGGUUCUACUCCAAGAUCUUGAAUCCGAUCAAGCUCGCCAUGCUCCAGAAAAUUUGGAUUAUCAACCACGACGAGUUCCUACGCACGUUCAAAGAGGAUUACGGAGAGGUUUUGAAAUCCUGCGAGACUGUGCAGAAGGCUCUCCACCAGAUCACGGACGAUGCAAAGCCGCGGGAAGCAGGAGACGCAACCAGCCCCCAUAAGAAACAUAAAAUGCCCGACGUGGCCUGA